AUGGAGCUCUCGACUCUGCUGAUCAUCACUGCGCUCUUCAUCGGUAAGGGUCCCUCUUUCCGCAUCUACCAGUCCCGCAGCGCCGCUUCAACACCCAUCAUGUCUCACGGAAAGGUCUCUAACAUCGACAACGAGGUGAUCUUCAAGGCCCUCAUUUCCUCCGGCCCCGUCCUUGUUGACUUCUACGCGACUUGGUGCGGCCCUUGCAAGGCCGUUGCCCCCAAGGUCGGCGAGUUCAGUGAGAAGUAUGAGAAAGUCCGGUUCCUCCAGAUCGAUGUGGAUAAGAUGAGGGGAUUGGCUCAGCAGUUCAACAUCACUGCUAUGCCCACCUUCGUCAUGUUGAAGGACGGUCAGGAAGUGCACCGGGUCCGGGGUGCGGACCUCAAGUCCAUUGAUGACUGGCUGCAGAAGCAGUAG